CUGAGUAAGGGGGCGUGGCUUCGGGCUAAAGGGGCGUGGCUGCAUUAGGGGCACGUGGGUUGCCGGUCUUAGGCCGCGUUGUUUGUGUUUGUGCGAGUUGAGGCCGGGCCGCUUGGACACCGAGAGAGGAGAGAGAGACGCCGAGAGAGGAGAGAGAGAGAGACAGACGCCGAGAGAGAGAGAGACACCGAGAGAGGAGAGGCACUUGAGCACGGCGGAGCGAGACACUGGGGCUGCGAGCCCCGUGUGUGGUGUUGGACCCCCUCCGUUCGCGUGCGGCUCCAGGCGAGGAGAAGGCCCCGGCUCGGUGGAGCAGGAGUCUCUGCAUCUUGGUCGUAACGCCGGGUCGCCGCUCGGCUGCGGUGUCGCGACAGACGGCCACACGGAUUUCGCCCGUGAAUAGGCCGGUGCCCGGGCCCAGGAGGCGGCGGGGGACCCCGGUCGUGAACCGCCCGCCGCCAUGAGCGGCUCUCGGCCAGACGUGGUGUGGUGCCCGCAAAACGGCAACCGCUUCGUGAUCUGCGACUCAGAAAUCUCGCUGUACCGCGUGGACGCGGCGCGUGGCGGCGGCGGGGAGGCGCGCGAUGGCAGCCACCGCCUGUCGGAGGAUUCGACCGCCACCCUCCUCGACGUCAACUCGGAGACUCCCUACAUGAAGUGCAUGGCCUGGUGCCCCUGGCAGAAGUCCGAGUGCCUCCUGGCGGUGGGUCAAGCCAACGGGCGCGUCGUGCUGACGAGCCUGGGCCAGGACGGCCUGGCUCGCCACAAGGAGCUCGUGGGCAAGGAGUUUGUGCCGAAGCACGCGCGGCAGUGCAACGCGCUAGCGUGGAACCCGCACGACCGCAGCCUGCUGGGCGCCGGCCUCGACAAGCACCGCGCGGACUUCUCCGCGCUGGUGUGGGACGUCAACGCCAAGUUCACGGCCUCCGAGGGCGCCUCGGCCGCCGCCAUCAUGGAGCGCGGGCGGCUGCUGCUGUCUGGCGAGGCCGAGACGAACAUGGUGGUGACGAAGCCCGUGUGCGAAUUCGGGCAGAACGACGCUUGCCUCUCGCUGGCGUGGCUGCCCCGGGACGCCCGCCUGCUGCUGGCGGGGAUGCAGCGCAACCUGGUGACCUACGACCUGCGCGACACGACGCAGAAGAAGCUGUUUGCCAACACCAAGGCGGUGCAGGGCGUGACCUUCGACCCGCACUUCCCCGACCGCUUUGCGUCGUUCUUCGAGGGCCAGGUGGCCGUGUGGGACCUGCGCGUGCCCGACAAGCCGGUGCUCACGCUCAAUGAGCCGUCGCGCCAGCUGAGCAAGGUAGCGUGGUGCCCGACGCGCACGGGGCUGCUGGCGACGCUGGCGCGCGACAGCGGCAUCGUGCGGCUCUACGACAUGCAGCACACGGCGCCCGGCGCGCUGGGGGACGAGGCGGAGCCGCCCAUCAUCGAGCGCAGCGUGCAGCCGUGCGACGGCGCCGUGGCCUCGUUCGCGUGGGUGCCCACGUCGCAGAACGGCAUGCUGGCGCUCAGCCAGUCGCGCGCGCUUGUCGACUUCACGGUGUUCGAGCGCAUCGCGCUGGACUGGUGCCCCGCCGCCUCGCUUGUGUGGGCCUGCGGCCGCCAGCUCUACAACUGCGCCGAGAGCCCUGCGGGGGCCGGGCAGGCCGCAGAGCAGGACAUCUCGGCGAAGAUGAAGCGGCGCGCGCUGAACCGCUAUGGCGUGGAGACGGAGCUUGUGUGGACUAACCACGUGCUGGCCAUGGACGACGACCCGCAGCUCAAGUCGCUGUGGUACACGCUACACUUCAUGAAGCGCUACGUGCAGGAGCAGGAGGACAAGCCCGGCAGCCAACUGCCCGCCGUCUACCAGGGCAUCAAGGCCAUCGUGCGGCCAGAUCCCGGGAAGCCGGAGAGCCUGCGCUUGUCGUGCUCUGACCCCGAGCGCCGCCUCGAGGUCUACACUUUCGACAGCGCGGAACGCCGCUUGGCGCUUCGCCUCUGCGGGUGGACGGGGCCCCCGGCGCUCGCCGGGGACGAGCGCGAUGACCAGGGGGGCGACGAGGCCUCCACCGUCACGUCCGCCGCGGCGCCGUCGCGACCCUCUCCGGGACCCGCGCCGGGCCCCGCUCAGGAGCGGCCGCCACUACGCUCGGCGCUGGAGCCGGACGAGGAGUGGGAGCGCCGCGCCGCGAUGGCGCUCUUCCACCUGCGCAUGCGCGCCGCCAUCGACAUCUUGCAGCAGGGGGCGGCCUGCGCAAGCGGCGACGUGAACCUGAACGUGGUGGCCAUGGCGCUGUCGGGCUACUCGGCAGAGCGCGCGUCCCUCUGGAGGGAGAUGUGCGCCGCAUUGCGUCUGCAGCUCUCCAACCCGUACCUCCGCGCCGCCUUCGCCUUCCUCACCAGCGACGCAGGCAGCUACGAGCACGUGCUGAACGAGCGAGGCAUGGCUGUGCGUGACCGCGUCGCCUUUGCCUGUAUGUUCCUCAGCGACGCUCAGCUGUCGCGCUUUGUGGAGAAGCUGGCUGUGGAGAUGCGGGAGGCAGGGAACCUGGAGGGGAUGCUGCUGACCGGCCUCACCAGGGAUGGCAUCGACCUCAUGGAGAGCUACGUGGACCGUACAGGCGACGUGCAGACGGCAUGCCUCUACAUGCUGCAGGCCUCGUCGAGCGACAUCGUGAUGGAGGCACGCGUGCAGCACUGGGUGGAGAGCUACCGCACACUGCUCGACACGUGGCGCCUGUGGCACAAGCGAGCCGAGUUCGACAUCCACCGCAGCAAGCUCGACGCUACGGCCCGCCCCCUCCAGCAGGUGUUUGUGAGCUGUAAUUUCUGCGGGAAGUCCAUCUCCUUCAGCGGCUCGACCACCACUCACCCCACCCGCAGCGGCUUCUCGCAGUAUGGGGGCAGCGGCUCCCCCGUCAAGUCAAAGGUCACGAGCUGUCCCGGCUGCCGCAAGCCCCUCCCGCGCUGCGCCCUGUGUCUCAUCAACAUGGGCACGGCGGCCUCCAACUACACAGGUCUAUCCAAGCCGGAGGUGAAGGGAGGCCUCAGCAAGGAGCGCAAGCUCUCGCAGUUCAACAGCUGGUUCACCUGGUGCCAGAACUGCCGGCACGGUGGCCACGCCGGCCAUAUGAUGAGCUGGUUCCGAGAGCAUGCCGAGUGCCCCGUCUCCGCCUGCACCUGUAAGUGCAUGCAGCUCGACGCCACGGGCAGCCUGGCCCCUGCAGAGCCACUCUGAAGCACGCCGUGUGGGCCUGGGACACUUGAGACCUGGGACACUGAGUCCUCGGCCACAGCGAUCUUGGCAACGGGAAUCCUGAUAUCGCCACUGUGCGUGCCGACCCUGAUACUUCCAACCCCUUCAUUGUUACCUGGACAUGAGGGUUUCCCCAGGGCGUCUCCUUGGGUGAGGUUGUGUGAGCGAGUCUGUGCAUCUGUGGGUUUCGCCAUGUGUGUGUGUGAGAAUCCAGUGCCUUGUUCGCUGGGUUUGUGUGUAACACAUGGGCUUGUGUGUAAUACGUGGGGGUGAUAUACACACACUGCGUGAAGGGCAAUGAGAGGUGUGCUGGUCGCGAUAGUAAAGUAGGGAGAAUUCUGUUUUGGGUUGGUGGCGUAUUAGCACACUGUGCUGUCGGAAACUGGUCACCUGAAUUUGAUUCACAGCCACGGCCAACCUCAGUGAUAGAUACCUGCACCGGUGUGGAUAAAGCAAAUUAGGUUGAGUUGUCAAUAAAAGUGA